AUGUUUUCAUCAUUCAUCGACGAUCACAUGUUCCAGGAGGUGCCCCGAAACUCUUGUCAGCUGCAGUCAACUCCUCAAACCCGACCGAGACUGAGCAUCCCGAAUUCGAGCGCGCUGCCUUCGGGCAUCCUUGAUAUGUCAUUCAACCGACGUUCUUUGGAUUGGUCCGAACUCCAACUAUUUGCGCCACAUUCGUCUUUCGGACGCCAACAGACCACUUUUCCAUCCACGGACACGCAAUCGACUGGAGACAUCCAUAGCCAGCUUUCACAAUGGAAUUUUCCUUCUCGGCCGUCUGUCUCUCCGCGCUUGGUGCUGUGGGGCCCGUUCAACAAAAUUGAGCAAUAUCCUUCUGAACAGCUGGGCUUUCCUCCUCAAACAAGCCCUUCCACGGCUUCACACCUCCUGACCCCACCACCUCACGGCACCAAAGCUGCGAAACGCGGAAGGCAUGGCUAUUUGUCCUCGGCUUGCCCCUCAAUGCUCACCCCACCCAUGCCCACCAAGCGACCCCGGACGGCAGAAAAGGACGCCUACGAAUUUCCACCGCCACCGCGAUACACGACAUGUCAAAUUUCGGCCUAUCCUACUCCUUCGACCUCCCCCACCAGUCAAAGCACGGGGUUUUACGACAAUCAUCCCAUGGCUGAGGAAUCUCUUAAUAUAUCCCCCUUUUCAUCAAGUUUUGCAAGUUUCCCACCAGCCAUGUCAGUAGACUCCAAGGGGUCCUACUGCCAAUGCCCGACUCCCGAACACUCCGACUUUCCGCAUGCUCAGCUAUCGCAUUCUUCCUCAUCAACAUCUAACUAUGGCUACUAUCCUAAUUCACCCGUCUCCCCCACGACAGCGCUCUCAUCAUCGCCGUUCUCGUCAAACUCUUCAAAUUAUUCUUCCCCUCCUGCCAGCAGAUGUUAUCCGCUCAAUUUUCAUAACCCUCAACAUUCCGAUGUAUGGUCCCUCGAGUGGCAUCAGACUUUCAAUCAAUUCAGGUACCAAAACUGCUGA